ACUCAUGUGAGUCAGUGACUGAGUGUGCUCUCUAUAAAUCUAUAUAUAAACCACCAUGCCCACAUGCUUUGUCUACCCAUCUCAGAUUUCCUUUCAUCUAUUAAUUUUCUCUUCUCUUCUCUUCUCAUCAUGGUGCACAAGUGUUUUCUUUCUCUCAAUCUUCUGCUGCUCUUUCUGGGUUUCUCCUUUGUGUUCUCUUCUCUUGCAGUUCCUUCCACCAGAGGCCUCAAAUCAUUUGAGGAAAUCCCCUCAUCAGUUGAAGAUUCUCUGACUCAGGAUGCAGUGGGCUUGAAUCUUGGAGAGGAACAAGUUAUUGAUUUUGGAGAAGGAUAUAUUAAUGGAAGGAUGGAUUUAGAAAGCACAGACUAUCCAGGAACUGGAGCAAACAAUCACCAUGACCCAAAAACCCCUGGAACAGCUUAAUUUCAGAAAAAUUGACAAAAAGAAGAAAAAAUUGAAGAAGGAAGAAAAUGUGAAUGGGUUUGGGUUUGGGUUUGGGUUUGCUUUUGAUUCAUUAUCUUAAUUAAUUAUGAAGGGGAGACUUGUUUGUCUCCGUCUAUUUGGAGUGUAGUAAUUAAUUAAUUAAUUAAUUAAUUAAUUAAUAAUCUAACUUUUAAUUAAGAUUAGAGUAAGGAGAGGGAAGGUUCCAUUUUGUACAAGGAAUUAAUUAUAUGGGUCUGAAAUGUGGUGGGUUUUUAAUUUAAGUAUUAACUGAGGAUGCAAAUUGUAAUUUGUACUUUGUAUCUAUAGAGUUGUGAUGAUUAUGAUUUCUGUUU